AUGGCCUCCGACUUGCUAAAUUGGAAUCCGCAGGCAUUCGAAUCUUGCUACAAUGCCAUAAAGUUCCUGGCAUCUGUGCCGCAACUGCUUGAUUCCUCCAUCGGUCCAGAUUUACGGGCGCUUCUUACCGUUCCAUCGAAAAACGAAAAGAGUAGAUCGACACUAGCUGCUGGCGAAACUGGGAAACCCGUUGUCUUGCUCAAUGGCGAUGAGUACAAAUUCAAUAAACCCUUUCUUGCCGCCACAAGCUCCUUGUCCGUUGAACUUGAUUUGGAUGAAUUGGCGUGCGCAGAGCUUCUUGAAGUCGCUAGCUCUGCCCUAGGAAAGGAGUUUGACCUUGUGGACGCAGGUCGUUUGGCUUUUAUUCAACGCUAUGAGUACAUCUUGAAUAUUGCUGGCCACUUGGUGACCACAGCGAAGUUGUCUACUAUCAUAAAACAAAACCAGGCCUCUACAAUGCUUUCAUCGAUUAUUGCUAGUUUUAAGAAAAUCUACAGCUUACUUCAAAUCCAGAACGAUCUCAUUGAUAAACAAAAGGCUACGGGCGAUCUCAAUGAUGUUCAGUUUGUUGAUAAGAUUGUUUUCAUGAAAAAUAAACUUUUUCUGAUCCAUGGUCUUUUGGCGCAGGUGUUAUUCUCCAUAGUGGACAAGUAUAUUCUGGAGCUUGGAAACUUCGAGUCAUACUCAUCGAUCGUGUCUCAUAUCAAUGAGUCAGUAAAAGAUGAUUCUGAUAUUCUUCUAUUGCAUUACCUCCCUUCCUUGAUGAGAAUUAUCAGCUCAUUAUCGGACCUUCCUGAUGACCAGGUCUCUAAAUUGCAUCUGAAUUUUGUAUCUGCUCUUUCCUCGGACUAUUCCAAAGUCAAUAGUGGAGAGAUUAUCAACUUGGAAAACUCGUCUAUCCGCUCAUAUGUUUUGGUCCUCCAGCUUUUUUUCUUCAUUGCAAUGAUUCCUUGGUGCAAAGACGAAGAAACCCGCACAAAAAAGUAUGAUUUUGAGAAAGAUAUUUUGAAAUAUGUCGAAUGGCUUAUAAGCUAUGGAACGCUCGAGCAACUUCUUUGUUACGCGGCAGAGUCAGCAACACCAGAGACAAAGGUUUUAUAUGAGAGAAGAAGUCUCUACGAUUUUAGACCAUUGCUUCAAAGAAACUUUCCGAGCUUGAAACCCGUGAAGUUGAUUUACUCAGGAAAUGAAGAGUUAUCGCAUAUCGCGAAAUCACGGCCUGAACUUACCAACAUGGCCAUCCUUUGUGAUUACCUGUCAUUCGAGAUUUCCAAUGAGUUCUCCAAUCAACUAUUAGCACCUUUUUUCCACAGCUUUUUCAGCGAUUUCAUCAACCAUGCAGCGAUUGUCCUUAGUCUGCUUCGUGACAGCGAAGAAGAUUUCCUUUUGUCAUCUAUGAAUAGGAAACAGCUUGAGCUGGCUUCAGAUGACGCGGAAUCAAAAACGGAAGAAGACAUUAAUACAGCAGAAUUAAGCAAAAGAAGCAACGAUCACGACAGCAAAACUGAUGGAAAUAGCCUUGAUCUUGAAUCUAUCGCAAGUCGAGGGGAGUUAGAUCGUUUCUAUUUAGCGUUCGCAUUCACCUAUACACAUAGACCAGACUUAUGCAAUGCAUUUUGGACUGGAGAUGAAGCUAACAUAGCCGGUUUUAUUAAUUGGGGGUUGGCAAAUAACACCUCUCCUUUGAUCACUGCCACGUUUUGUCUUUUAUUGGCAAGUUUGACUUCUGCAGGAGAAAUUGUUAGUGCCAAGGUGUGGGAAUUCUUGAUUAACGCUCAAGGAGGAAGUAUCAAACGUAAUGAUUACUCCAAGGUUUCUGUGGAUUCCAUAUUGCAUUCCUUAACUUAUUACGUGGAUUCAUUAACGGAAAAUUUAGAACAUGAUUUGAACCUUCAAACGAAGCAACAGCAAAGGAAACUGGAUAUCUUAUUUUCAAACCCAUACACAAACAAAAAAGACAAUGAACUUAAGAAGUCAGUGUCAAUUCAGUUAUCAGAGGAUUCUGUUAUUUUCAUAUCUGGUUUUUUGAUGCUUAUUUCAGCCAUUGUAAAGAAUGCGAACAAAAAUUCACCUUUAUCAAGAAGUUUGAGACAAUCAGCAUUUAAUUGUUUUCUUCCUGUCAUCAUUGGAUUCCUCAAAUUUGAUAAUUUGAUUAUUUCAGCAAAGUCGGCACCUACUGAUGACAAGGUCAUACCAGUGGUAUUUAACGAUGAGAAUAGGACCAUAAUCAUCAAUUUAAUACUCAACUUGUUGGCAGAUUUCGCAGAGAAUGAACAGAAUUUGGAUCUUCGCUUCAAAAUAUGGAAUACUUUAGAUCGCUGGAUAUGUCACAGUCUUCAUGACUUAGACACAAAUAAUUCAGCACCCUCUGAUACUACUAGAUACGCUGGUGUAUCUCUAUCUACUACAUCAUUAAGCUCAGGAAAAAAUGAGCUUUCAAAGUUGAGAACUCUUCACCGCGGAAUCAACAUGAAGAGUGGUUUACAGAUGAGUCUAAACAACAUCUCUGAAGUUAUUAACUUUGUUCUUCUUUUGAAGAACUUACUUACGCCAUUGGAAAGUGGUAAAAAAGCCCUGUCUUCUAUUCAACUAUUAUAUCCAUCAAACUUGGGAUUCGGGCACCGCCACAAGAACCAGAUUGGUGUAUGGCCUUAUAUCGAAUACUUGAUCGUGGAAGUUUUCGCCAAGACGCCCAAACUUAAACAAAAGGAGCACAAGUUGAUUUUGCAGGACUCAAUUAUCUUCAUCAUCCAAUCAGCUUUAGGCGAGGUGGAUUGGCCGUUUGUAAAUAACGUUGCACCACACAUUUUACUCGAUUUGCCCCGUGAAAGAGAGGCAUUUGCGCAGCUGCAACUUGUUUCAGACGAACCUGCAACAUUGUCAUACACAAGUUUUGUCAAACUACACCACUCUGUUGCCGUUUUAAACUAUAUGUUUGAUGAGAAUGCCUCCAAAGCGUUACUAGACAUUAUUAAUAUAGGGGCCGAGACUAUAAAUUUGAUAUCCUCCCAAAAGUUUUUGGUGAAGGGUGCAUUGGAAGCUUUAAAUUCCAUAUUGGCUCUUCAGGAUACUUUCAUCGAAGGAUUGCUUCCAAUUUUGAAGAACACUGAUAAUGGUUCACCACCAUCUACGGCUGUGGGAUACGGAACAAGCUUAAGUUUAGCUUUGGCUGCUCCAAAAACUGUUUUCGAUAACAUCUACUACCCAUCGAAUUUGGGUACAAAAGGCGUAUCGUCUUAUUAUGAAAUCCUUUUGUUCCAUAUUCCAAGCAUUGUUAACAUUGCUUUGUAUGUGGGUAGCUCAGACCUUGAAAUUGCCGAUAGCGCGUUGGAAAUCAUAAGGAAGUUGUCACUUUGUUCUUUAUUCGUGUCGAAAUCCAACAACAUACAAUUCUUGCGAAGGAACAGGUUAUUGGACAUCUUCAAUAGCAUUGACGAGUCCUUUAAAAUACAGUAUGGAUUUACGCAGCAAAUUGCUACCAUCACGGAUCAGUUGAGUAUCAAGUUCAAGAUAUUAAAAUACUUGUUAUCAAACAUGAAUGGAAUCAAUGAAGUUUCUGUAUCUCAUUUCCUUCUUGGAUUUGAUAUAAAGGACAGCCAACUCGUGCUUGAUCAAGAGAGAGAAGCUGACACAUUACUUCUGAGCCUAGUGGAAUUGUUGAUCUCGACCUUGAAUAUGAUCUCAGAAGUCGAUUACAGUCAAGGAUACAGCCAUCAUAUCGGUCUUGGGCCAGCUAAACUUACUUCCAUGAUAAUGGAGAUUUUUGUGAGAUUGUGCCAAGACCCAAUUUCAUCAACUACGACGUUGAAUUUUUUGCGCAAGUAUGAUUUGUUUGCGAAAUUGCUUUCAGCUCAACUAAUAAUCGAUGACAUGACAACGUGGGAGAACUACAAAUUCAAUGGUGUUGCCCUGCAGGGGUCUGAAAAUGCGUUUUUGUUCAAUGAAAGUAGUUGUGAGACGUUCUUCAGCUUUAUCAAAUAUAGAAAUGCUGUGCUCCAAUACUUAUCUACAGAGUUUCAUGCUACGAACUCCCUUUACAGGAAGGAGUAUUAUGUUAGCCUUUUACUCGAUGGAUCAGAAUUUCUUGAUGGCACGCCGAAAAUUUUGAACUUUUUGGAUCUCUUGAAUUUCCGUUUUUGCAACUUUGACGAUCACAAGCUUGAACAAUUUAACGGAAAAUAUAAUAUGCGGUAUCUAUUAAUGGAAUCCGUAAAAGAUAAAGAGGAAGGAAAUCAGGACCUGGUGAUUAAAAAGUUAGUUAAGCUUAGUUGUCAGGUAGCCUCACACAAGUUCCCAACUGAAGAUUCGAAGGCAGCGUUUGUGAAUGAGAUAACUACGGAUUUCAGCCACAUUGAAGACUUUUUAGUUAAGUUCAAUAAUGUUAGCCAAUUAAAGACUUUGCAAUUAAAGUCUUUACAUUCGUGGGUUCAGUUUAUUCAAGUCGUGACAUAUGAGGGUGUGAUAAACAAGACGGACUUUAUCUUCAAUGUCUUCCAAAUUAUUCUUCCCAAGGUCAACAACGAAUACUAUGAAAGAGAUAUUCUGCUUGCAGAAGAGUUAAUUUCUCUUUGUGUUUUCCUCUUUGAGUUGUACGAACAAGAGAACAAACUUAAUUUGGGAGAGGAGAACUCGCAUUACUUACAAAGGCUUCUCCCUUUAUUCAAGACUUGUGUUAGUGGGGUGUUGUGCUUAAAUUCUACUGCCACGUUGCGCUCUGAUUUAUAUCUUUUGCUCAACAAAUGCAUUCAAAGAAGUAUCAAGGCCGAAACUUCCCUUCGUCAAAUUGUGGAAAUUUUACGCUCUAUUGAUAAAAAAUUCAUUGAUAUUGUUUGCAAUGAUUCGAUCUACUCUGAAGGAACUCCUCGUAUCACCUCGCUAGUGUUCAUGGAGUCUUUGAUUCAUUUGUCAUGCAUGGAAAAGUCUACCACCAUUCUUGAAGCAUUAACCAGAAACAAUUCGUUGUCAUUGCUCGUGAGAUCUUUGAAGAGAACUGAUGAGAUAAUUGUGGCUUGCGAUGUUAAUGGAGACGAAAAGCAGAAUUCUGGAAUCAAUAUUGACACGCUUCUUUACGAGCUCACGGCACUCAAAUCCACAUUAUACCUUUUAAUAAGAAUAGCCCAAACGAGACAAGGUGCAGCACAGUUAUUUCAGCAUGAGAUAUUCUCUGUGAUCAAACAACUCAAGUUUUUGGCCAUCGAUGCCGAUUUGGGAAUUGACUUGAUCAUUGACUGCAGUGAGGAUAUCAGUCAACACAAACACGAAAAUGCAAGAAUCAAACUUUCGUUAGAUGUUCCGGUGGCACUUGGACAGAAUAGCCACGUUCGGGACGAGGGCAGACUAGUAUCUUACUACGAGUUUUUAGUGCCCACAUUUCAACUUAUUGCAACGAUGCUCCUUUCCAUGGGCUCUUCUUACAAGCCGGGGGUUGAACAAGUGAAAGAACUAAUGAAGCAUUUCCAUCGGUUUAUCGUCGGAGUUAUGAAGAGAGAUGCGUUACUUGAGGAUGGCCAAGCUCCGGAGACAUACGAGGAUAUAUCGUACGUGGGGUUACAGGAGAUUGUGCGUCUUUUGUCGCUUAUAGAUGCCGUGAUUGAAGAUGAUCAAGUCUAA